GUGGUCUCUUAGUGGACCCACGUUUUUAUUUGUUAUUCGACUGGGUUUUCUGACAAAAACAAUACACGAACAUCUUAUUUAAGCUUCUCAAUUCAGUUCUAGAUUUUCUCGUAAACUAACUUGGCGUCUAGGCUCAAUUUAAUUAUAAACAGCCAAACUAAGGUUAGCAAACUUAGCUUACUUGCUUGAGAGCAGAAGUCAUUCACAAUGUAUUGCUAGCACUGACGCUGGUUCGGGAGAUGCAAGCUACGGUUAGGUUGGUUGCAGUGGCCUUCCCUAUGGGUGUGCUGCUUUCCAGAACUAUGGCGUGGAUUCACAGCGGCAAGACGAAUUCAGAGCUCGUCAGUAGACUGCGCGACCAUGGAGUGAUCAAAUCUGAUCGCGUGUUUGAUGUCAUGCUGGCCACCGACCGAGGGAUGUACUCUAAGGACUACCCGUAUGUAGAUUCACCACAGUCCAUAGGAUUCAAGGCCACGAUCAGUGCUCCACACAUGCAUGCCCAUGCCUUGGAGGUCUUGAGAGACAAGCUAACAGAGGGGGCCUCUGCGCUGGAUGUGGGCUCCGGCAGUGGCUAUCUCACUGCUUGCUUUGCAAGGAUGGUAGGUCCCGCGGGGAGAGUGGUAGGUAUUGAGCACAUAGAUGAGCUGGUACAGGAAUCCCUCCGAAACAUCCGGGCUGAUGACCCAGAGCUUCUCACCUCAGGACGCAUCAAAAUAGUAGUGGGUGAUGGACGACUGGGUUUUCCAGAUGGAGCUCCGUACGACGCCAUCCAUGUGGGGGCUGCAGCACCCACACUUCCCAAAGCUCUCCUGGCCCAGCUGAAACCCGGUGGGCGGCUGGUGCUACCCGUGGGUCCGGAAGGGGGCACCCAGGUUCUGGAGCAGUAUGAUCGGCAGAGUGAUGGCACCUUCUCCAGGAAGUCUCUCAUGGGCGUAGUCUACGUCCCCCUCACUGACAAGCAGCGUCAAUGGCCCAGGAGUGAGCGCUGGUGUUGCAGCUUUUGAGUCCCUGACUUCCAGGAGAAGCAUAUCACUCAUUUCAUCCUCCAGUCCAGGGGAGCACAACAUUUGCAAGCUAUAAGCUGUUUGCUUUGGAAUAAUAUAAAAGAUAAACUCUCUUACGGCUGUAGCUAUUAACAGAUCAGUUAAUCAGGUUUGUUACAGUUUGUUUUUUUCAUGAUGUGUUUCAUGUUGCUUUUAUUGGCUCACGUUCCAGUAUUGAACAUACUGAAGCCAUAUCGUUUUUGGUUUUUAUUUUAUUCAGGAACUCUUUUGAACUUUUUGAAAAUGGUAAAAACUGAAGACAGUCUUAAGCUACAGAACUUUGAAAUAUUUUUGUAAAAAUGUGAAAUUUAUCCAAUCACCUUGCUAGAUUACAUAAAUAGCGAAUCUGCCUCUGCGUUACCUGGAAAAACUGAUCAUUCAGUAUAAUUUUUAAAAUAAAUCCUGCUUCCAAGAUUUUCAUCCAAGGGGACAUUCUUUAGCAGUUUUGUUUAUAACCAAAUUGGGAAGUUGGCGUGGUCAAAGCACUUAUGCUCCAGUGGAGUGUUAUUGUGGAUUUUGAUGGAUGGUAUUGCCAUUUAAUAUGUAAUUUGUCAGCUUGUAAUUUUGUCUUUCCCUAAUAUGGGAGAGAACUGGACAAACAUUUUAUAUUUUUACAGUUUGUAUGAAAUUCUAUUAAAUGUGAGCCAAUUAAUGUUAAUUCUAAAAUGUAUAUUAAAAAUAAUAUAUACAGCUCCUAGUUUUUGUAUUAACUUACACACUCAUCACGAUCACCUGUACUGCUUUGGUUUGUAAUGUACUUACUAUAUGUUAUAUACCAUUAUUUAUAGAUACGUGGUAUAAGAUUCCUGAUUAUGUCGAAAUAUACAAAUAGAUUUUGUGUUAUUAUGCAUGUUAAUUGUAAAUAAAAUUGAUACUUGUCACUCAUAA